UGGCCUCACCGAUCUUUAUUCUGUCUAGUACCGGUUCAUCAAUUUUCAUCUUUCUUUUUCUUCUUCGCACAAGGGGACAAACGCGACAAGCAUAGCCAAAAGGGAAAAGUUAAGGAAGGAGAACAGUGUUCUUAAUCAUGUCUGCUGGUCAGGUCAUCCGUUGCAAAGCUGCGGUGGCGUGGGAAGCCGGAAAGCCGCUGGUGAUAGAAGAGGUGGAGGUGGCGCCGCCGCAGAAAAAUGAAGUCAGGGUCAAGAUUCUUGUCACCUCCCUCUGCCACACCGAUGUUUAUUUCUGGGAAGCCAAGGGACAAACACCUGUCUUCCCGCGGAUAUUAGGCCAUGAAGCUGGAGGAGUUGUGGAGAGUGUUGGCGAGGGUGUGACUGACCUGCAACCGGGCGACCACGUCCUCCCGAUCUUCACCGGCGAGUGCAAGGAGUGCCGGCACUGCAAAUCCCCGGAGAGCAACAUGUGUGACCUCCUCCGUAUCAAUACCGACAGAGGCGUUAUGCUCAACGACGGCCAGGCGAGGUUUUCCAUCAACGGGAAGCCGAUCUAUCACUUCGUCGGCACCUCCACCUUCAGUGAAUACACCGUCAUCCAUGUCGGCUGCCUCGCCAAGAUCAGCCCAACCGCUCCUCUGGACAAAGUUUGUGUCCUCAGCUGCGGAAUAUCCACUGGACUUGGGGCAACUCUAAAUGUGGCCAAACCUCCGAAAGGUUCAACCGUCGCCAUUUUCGGAUUGGGAGCUGUAGGCCUCGCCGCUGCAGAGGGUGCUCGGAUUGCUGGUGCUUCAAGGAUCAUUGGGGUUGAUCUGAACCCGAACAGGUUCAACGAUGCCAAGAAGUUUGGGGUUACUGACUUUGUGAACCCAAAAGAUCACCAGAAGCCUGUUCAGGAGGUGAUCGCCGAGAUGACGGACGGAGGAGCGGACCGGAGUGUCGAGUGCACCGGAAAUGUCAAUGCCAUGAUCUCUGCAUUCGAAUGCGUUCACGAUGGUUGGGGUGUCGCCGUUCUUGUCGGCGUGCCAAACAAAGACGAUGCGUUCAAAACUCACCCGAUGAAUUUUCUGAACGAGAGGACUCUGAAGGGCACCUUCUUCGGCAACUACAAGCCCCGCACCGACAUCCCAGGCGUCGUUGAAAAGUACAUGAACAAGGAAUUGGAACUGGAGAAAUUCAUCACGCACGAAGUUCCCUUCUCGGAGAUCAACAAGGCGUUCGAGUACAUGCUGCGCGGCGAGGGCCUGCGCUGCAUCAUCCGCAUGGGAGCUUAGAGGCGGCGUCCGGCGGAGCGCCACCGCCGGGAAGUUGGUUUCUUUGUUUUUUCUUUUUUAGCGGAGAUAAUUGAGCUGUGUGUGUGUGAGGCUUCGAGAUGAGUUGCGGGUUACUGUUCUCCCUGGAUUUUGUAAUCUACUUUUGUCUCUUAAACAGGAAUAAUAAAAAAAUCUAAAUAAUAUAAAUGCCGUUAAAUUUGAUCCCA